UUGCCGUAAAAAAAAAUAUUCUUCUAAUCGUUGGGCGAACAUUAUCACCACAAUUUUCUUUUUCAACAUCAAUACAAAGAAGCAGAGAUAUGGAAAUGAUAUUGUGUAGACAUAUGAUUAAAACAAUGCAUUUUAUGACAAAUCAGAAAAACAGAAAUGUUAGUAAGAAAAAAUACGUAUCCAAUAGAGUGUGCUAGUCAAAAUCGUAGAAGAUUACAAAGCAAAGUUAUUCUUAUGCCCAUGAAUGAAAAUGAAAAACCAUUGUGUAUAUUGAUGGAUCCUUACGGUUCAGUGCACGAUUCGGAGGUCCCUUUAUUGCGCAUAUUACCAAACGGUCUUCCAGUAUAUGAACCGCCACCUUUAUGGAUGGAUGUUGAAGAUACUUUAAAAGAUUCUGAGAAAGCAAGCCAAUCAAUGCUACAGGCAGAAAGAAAAUUAAAACAAGUCAUUCAGCCGUAUACCUUUAUUCGUCACAAAUUCGAAAAAUAUUUUGUUAUAACUGAUUACAAAAUUCGAAUGGCAGAAUCAUCGAAAAAUUAUUGGUUUCAAAACGAAAACCAUUUAAGAAUGUGUUUAAAAAAUAAGGAAGAUGUCAUAAACAAAUUAUUUCAAUUGCGUUAUAUUUUUGAUAUGUUAGCAUCACAAGAUUCCUGGACGAGUCAAAAAACGUUAACGUUACUUCCUUCUGUUAAUUUAACAUCUGGAAAAGAUCAGUGGAUUUCUUUAUGUACCAUGCUUGUAAGAAGAAGCUUAAUGUAUGAGAGAGUUAUUACGGACGCCUAUAAUCAAAUGAAUUUAAUUCAUUCAGCUGUUACCGGUCAAUUGACAUUUUUGCAAAGUAUUAAAGAUAUUUUAUCUUUUUGGCCUUUUCAAAAAAUACCUUAUGCGCGACAUGUUUUUGAAAAAGGUGACAAUUAUCCGUAUAGAGCAGAAGUUCGUGUGGAGAUAAUGACAAUUCCAUAUAACUGUUGGGGAUUGAACCGCCCUGUUUUAAAACUUAUGACACACCCUGCAAACGAUACAGUACAAAAUGAUCAAAAAUACGAAAUCGUUCCGCCACCUUUUCUAUGUUGGCCACCUCUUCCUGCCGCAUCAGCUUUUGCUUCAACAUCAGCUAAUAUAUUCUUUACAAAUCCUGCAAAAAAUGAUUUUCACUCCAAAAAACUUAACAUUAAAAUUCAAUGGGCUGGUGAUGCAGUUCAUUGUAUUGAUUCCAAAAGGGAGUUACGCGUACGUCUUAUUCCAACAUUUUCUAAGGUCAAUGGUACGACAGACGCUUCAUUAGUGGAACCUGGUGAUAUUAAUUCACAAAAUAAUUUAAGUUUCUUUAAAAAUAAAAUCUUUAGUUACAAAACUAAAGCGCUAACGUAUAUGAGAAAAUAUCAUUCCUUGAUACCGCCAUUAGUUAACAUACCAGAAACAUGGACAUGUGAGGCUAAGGAACUACAUCAACGGCUUCAAUAUGCGCAAUGGAUUCUUGUGGAUCGAGCUGUUCAUUUAAUAUACCAAGCCCAAGCAGCUCGUCUUAAGCGUUAUUUUGAUACUGUAUGUUAUGGAACAUGUGAAUCAAUUGAAACAGCAUGGUCUGUUUUAGAAAGAUAUGAAAAUUUUCCUCGUCAAAAUUUGUUGCACCGAAAUAUAAUUUCACAAACUUCUGGUCAAAAUCAUGUGGACACUUCGUGUCAACAAACUCACCAAAACGGAAGAAUCUAUGAUAGAUGUGUCACAGUAGAUGAUUGGUCAUCUUAUAUAACAACUGCAACCAUUCGUCAUUGUCCUAUUUUCGGUUAUACUAAGUAUUUUUCGAAUCAUACUCCAUCUCCAAAAAUACAUUUUUAUGUGGAUAUCAGCAUCUGUGUAACUUAUGAACCACUAGUACCUUAUAAUGAAGAAGAAGAGUGUUUACAGCACCAUGAACCAGUUUGGAAAUUCUUUGAAGAAAAUGGUACCUUAGAAGAUUUUAAAAAAAUCGUCUUUCUGCAUAAACUUCCUAUUGUUGAAGCACUUGCUACGUGCUUUCUUCGUAAUUUAUUUCUUACCGCGUGUAACCGUGAUAUUCACUACAUUCCAAAAGAAUGUUUUGAUUUACAUCCGUCUACACUCGAAUCAACUCGUGAAUCUCCAGGGCAACAUUUGUUUGUGAAUUUUAUUCAUUGGCUUGAAUCGUAUUUACAACUCCAAGUUUUGUGUACAGAAAAAGACUAAUAUAAAAUUCACUUUCAAUUUGUAUUCCUAUUUAAUAAAUAUGAUUUUUUUGUUUUAAAAAAAAUGAGUCAAGUUCAAAUUGUUUUCUUAUUUUGCACAA